AUGGUGAAGAUAGCACGUAAAAGAGAUUUACAUCCUGGUGCGAGUGAGCCAAGGAGUGACAAUGGAAGAAGAUUGGGUGCGUCCGGAGAAACAUCAUGCGACCGCGUAAACACGGGAGUCUCAACUACUGGUACACACAACGAACUUACAGUUCUAGCCAAUGAAAUUGUGAACGUGUUGUCGCGAUCUAUAACCAUCCCACCGUAUACUUUUUAUCAGGUGAUCAAAAAGCAAUCGAAUCGCGAUUAUCCCGACGUGCACGAAUGGCUAUUCGGUCAUCUAAACAACCUCAAUCGCCUUCAGUUGAACGGACUUUACGUAGCUAACACGCAGCCCAUGAAGAAACGCGGAGUUGGCAGACCAAGGAUUAUCUCAGCUUCUCCACCAACAGCAUCUGAUUCAACCAACGCUCAUCCCCCCGACACUCCUUACGCAGUAUCAUCUCGGAUCGCCAGACAGCUUCGGCUAUCAAUACGUAGACAGACUAAAACAGCUAGGUUGACUGCGCCUGCGUCCACAUCUGGUACAAGAAUCCGCAAGCCAUGUGACAAAUGGGAUAUAGUCUCAUGUCCAUCGUGUAAAGCAUUACUAUGGAAUGCAGAAGCAACUGGUGUCCAGCCGAACAGAGAUGCCAAACAGUUUAGUCUAUGUUGCCAGAGAGGUAGAGUGAGGCUUCCACCUGUCCGAGAACCACCCUCUCCAUUGUUAGAGCUCCUAGAGACGCCUAAAUUCAGAUCUCACAUCAGAGUUGCAAACAGUUUGCUUGCUUUCACAUCCAUGGGUGCACAGAUUGAUCAUAGCGUUACUGGGACCCCUGGACCUUUUACAUUUCGGGUUCAUGGCCAAAUCAUUCAUAGAAUUGGUUCUAUGCUACCUGACGAUGGUAACGAUCCAGAGUAUUUGCAGCUUUAUAUUUUCGACACUGAUAAUGAGCUGGAAAACCGAAAGAGGUCUUUUACAAAAGGUUCAUCUCAGCUGGCCGUGGAUGAUACUGUUAUCCUCCAGUUGAUUGAGAUGCUAGAUAUUAAUAAUCACCUAGCCAAAACCUUCAGGCAUGCGCGCGACCGUUUUCGAACAACCGGGAAAAUUGAAUUCAGCAUCACAUUGGUCAGCCAACCAAGCAGAGGUCGUCAAUAUGAUCUUCCUACGGCGAGUGAGAUCGGUGGACUAAUAAUUGGUGAUUUGUCUGCAACCUCAGUAGGAAGAGAUAUUGUGGUUGAGCUCAAAUCAUCUGCACUGCAAAGAAUAGGUGAUCUACACCCAUUACUGAUGAGCCUUCAGUAUCCAUUAUUGUUUCCUUACGGAGAAACAGGUUACCAUGAGCGAUUGCCAUAUGAGGGGCCUGAAGCAUCCACUGUGAGAAGAACAUACAUGACGAUGCGAGAGUUCUAUGCUUACCAGCUACAAACUAGGCCAUCGGAAGGUAUGACAAUCAUUAAAGGUGGAAGAUUGCUGCACCAGUACAUUGUUGACGCCUAUGUAGCUGUAGAGACGGAGCGACUGCGAUUUUUGAGUCUAAAUCAGAAAAAACUCCGAGCAGACCUGUAUAACAACGUAUGUGACGCCGUUGAAACUGGCGAUGCGGAUGCUACACAAGUUGGUAAGAAGAUCAUCCUCCCUUCGUCCUUCACUGCUGGACCCCGGUACAUGUCUGAAAAGUACCAGGACGCAAUGGCUAUAUGCCGUUGGUAUGGGAAUCCUCAUCUCUUUAUCACUGUCACUGCUAAUCCUAAUUGGGUGGAACUCAGUAACCAUCUUGAUGCGUAUGGAGGUGAUUCUGCUAAUAGCCGACCUGACCUAGAAUGUCGGAUCUUCAAAAUCAAGCUUGAUGAGAUGAUGGCAGAUUUCAAAAAGGGAGAGUUCUUCCCUACGCUGGACGUAGCUGUCUACACCAUUGAGUUUCAGAAACGAGGUCUGCCCCAUGCCCAUAUUUUACUAUGGUUGAAAGGUAUAAAGAAGGAAGUAACAGCUUCGGUUAUUGAUGAAUACAUCUCAGCUGAGUUUCCCGAUAAAGAAGUUGAUAGAGAGGGGUUUGAGCUGGUUGAGCGGCAUAUGAUGCAUGGUCCGUGUGGUAAAAUGCGCCCCAACUCGCCAUGUAUGGAGAAAGGAGAGUGUACUAAGAAUUUUCCUAAACCUUCUUCAGAUCAGACAAGAAUAGACAAAUCUGGGUUUGUUGUUUAUAGAAGGAGAGCUGGUACUGGAGAUUUUGUAGUCAAGGGCGAGAUCGAGCUUGAUAAUCGUUUUGUUGUGCCUCAUAAUCUUGGUCUUCUGAAAAAAUAUCAAGCCCACAUCAACGUUGAAUGGUGUUGCAGAACCAGCGCAAUCAAAUAUCUUUUCAAAUACAUAAAGAAAGGCGUUGAUAGAGCAACUGUCCUUAUACAUAGGAAUGAGCCAGACACGAGUAAUGAGAUCAAUAAUUUCCUGGAAUGCCGGUAUAUAUCAGCUUGCGAAGGUUCAUGGAGAUUGUUUGCUUUUCCUAUACACUAUAACCAGCCCAAUGUUGUGAAGCUCCCCGUACAUCUACCAGGUGACCAUGUGAUGGUAUUUGACGAAUCUGCUGACUUAUCAAAGGUGGUAUACCGAGAAAAUAUUGAUAGGUCAAUGUUAACAGCGUUCUUUGAGGCAUGCGACACGUAUGAGGAAGCUAGGGAGCUGACCUAUGUUGAAUUCCCUUCGAGGUUUGUCUACCAUUCGAACGAUAGGAUAUGGACGCCAAGACUGCAAGGGGAAGCUAUAGGGAGGGUCGUGUAUGUCAGCCCAGCGUCUGGUGAUAGAUACUUCUUAAGGAUGUUGCUGAAUGUUGUUAGAGGUCCUAGAGGUUAUGACGUGUUAUACACGGUAGGGGAUGUGGUAUAUAAGAAAUUCAAAGAAGUGUGUUAUGCACGAGGACUACUUGAUGAUGAUAAAGAGUGGCAUGAGGCAAUAGAGGAGCCAUCUUCAUGGGCAACCGGACGGCAGCUGAGAAGACUGUUUGUGCUUAUCUUGGUUUAUUGUCAAGUCGUAGACCCACUCAAGCUUUGGGAGCAUACUUGGAUGUUUUUGGCAGAGGACAUACUGUACAUGAAACGAAAGGAGUUUCAAUUUCCAGGUCUCGACUUACAAGAUGAGCAGUUAAAGCAGUAUAUACUGCUCGAGGUUGACAAACACUUAAAAGAGCAUAACCAGUCCCUAGCAGACUAUGAUGAGUUGCCUCAGCCAGAUACUUCAAUACUAUCAGAGAUAAACAGCCAAGUUUUGCGGCUGGAACUGAUGUAUGAUGUCGAAAAGGAGAAGGAGACGCAUAGAGUAUUGUUCUCGGCGAUGAAUACGGAUCAGGAGAAAGUAUAUGCUGCUGUUCUGAAGUCAGUUGACGAGCGGUCGGGCCAGUUAAUUUUUGUCUCAGGUGCCGGAGGCACAGGAAAGACAUACCUAUACAGAACUAUUAUAGCGAGGGUUAGGUCAGUUGGCAAAGUAGUUAUACCGGUAGCUACAGCUGGCAUCGCAGCAUUGCUGCUCCCGGGAGGAAGGACAGCACACUCACGGUUCAAAUUACCUCUGAAUCUAGAUGAUCGUUCAAUGUGUGAAAUUCACAAGGGGUCAAGUUUAGCUGCAUUGAUCUCUAAGGCAGACCUGAUAAUAUGGGAUGAAGCUCCGAUGGCACACCGACACGCUUUUGAAACCUUAGAUCGUUCCUUCAGAGAUUUUUUAUCGCAUGAGUCUCCAGAAGCCAGCACACUGCCCUUUGGUGGCAAGACGGUGCUUCUCGGCGGGUAUUUCCGGCAAAUUUUGCCAGUUAUUCCACACGGAAAAAGGCCAGACACCGUUCUCGCAUCCAUCAGCAAAUCAUAUCUAUGGAAAAUGGCGCGAGUAUUCACCUUAUCCAUCAACAUGCGGCUGCGGCAAGAAGACAAGGAAUUCGCAAAAUGGAUUCUACAAGUCGGUGAUGGGGAAGCUGAUGCCUUGGCGUCCAAUAAACCAAAACAUGAGGAAGGGAAUCAGAUUAUUGUGGAUAAAAGGUUCUUGAUCUCUCGCUCAGAUACACCACACGAAGCUUUGGCACAUGCUGCAUAUCCUAACUUCCUCCAAAACUACUGGGAUAAGGACUACCUAAAAGAGAGAGCUGUGAUGACACCUACCAAUAAUACCGUACAUGAAGUGAAUGCUUAUCUCCUCUCUAAGAUCCCAUCACAGGCUAGAGAGUAUUUGAGUUCUGAUUCAGUGGAGUUAGAAGCUACAUUGUGCCUCAAAGUUGGAGCUCCGGUGAUGAUGCUGCGCAAUCUUAACCAGGAUCAAGGUUUGUGUAAUGGUACAAGAAUGGUGGUUACUCGCCUAGGUAACAGGGUUGUUAAGGCGAGAAUCAUGACUGGGACAGAUGUUGGAGAAGAAGUUUUGAUCCCUAGGAUACAACUUAGUCCCACCGAUACCAUGCAUCCAUUCACCUUUAACCGAAGACAAUUCCCAAUCAGACUGUGCUAUGCCAUGAGGAUCAACAAGAGCCAGGGUCAAAGCCUGAACCAAGUUGCUUUAUAUCUUCCUCGCCCUGUUUUUACUCAUGGUCAGUUGUACGUUGACAUGUCUCGAGUAACAACUCCGAAUGGGCUUAAGAUUUUAGACGAGACUUCCGAUAUGAACGGUGAAGAAGGAGUUACUAAUAUUGUAUACAAAGAAAUCUUUAAGGACGUCCAAGUGACCGAGGUUAGAGCUACACAUUUACUUUAUACUUUUUAUAUACCCCAAUCAGUGUGCAUUGACUAAUUGUCGUUAUUUUCAUUGCAUAUUGGUACGACCCAUUCCUCUCAGUGAUCGGAGAAACACGGCGUAAGCAUCGAUUUGGACAAGUUCUCUUGCUAUACCGAACUUAUUUUAAAAUUUUUUAACAACAGUUUAUUCUCAGGACAUGCAGUCAAUUAGUUGGUGACCUUAUUACGUUUACUCAAAACAUUCUGUUUUGGUUUUAUAUGCUUCAAAUACUUUCCGACUAAAAUACUCAAAUAAAAAUAACAUAUAAGUAUCUAACAUAUAAGGAUAUAUAUUUAAAAUGAGACAUAGCAACUGGUAUGAUGCAUAGAUCAUCAAACAAUUCACUCCAACGAAAUAAUUAAAAUUAAAUUAUUUGAACGGUUUUAGGUUUGUACAACUGAAGCAAUAGCUACUGGUAUUGUCCAGACAUCCAUAUUCCUAAAUUUCAUAAAACUACCAAUUACUUAACAACGUAUCACAAGACCCUUACAAACCAUCAAACUCUCAUGCAUUC